UAAUAGAGGAGUUUCUUUUCACUCAAUGCAGAGUUUCACGAAACUGUUACAGACCAGCAGCACACUCCUCUUCAGCUUUCUGUUGCUUAAACAUUCUGUCUACUUCUGUUGUGUUAGAUUUACAUGAGACCUUUUUAGAAAUAAGGACUGUCAUUAGAAACUGUUCUGUGAAAUCCUAAAAGAAAUGAUUGACACAUUUCUGUUCUUCUGUUUGUGCUCAUGGAGUCUGGCUGGUGUGUUUGGGUGUUGAUGCAGUGCAGUCAGUGUCAGUGACGGAGGGAGAUUCUGUCACUCUAAAUGUGACUGAUAUACAGAUCAAUGAUAAGAAUCGAGUGGCAGUUUGGACAAUGCUCAUUGCUGAAAUCAACAUAAAGAACAAAAAGAGCACAUUUAUAAUGAUAGUUGCUGGUGGGAGAUUCAGAGACAGACUGAAGCUGGAUCAGACUGGAUCUCUGAUCAUCACAAACACCAGAACCACAGACUCUGGACUUUAUACAGUAACCAGCAGCACAAGAAAUACUCUGCUCAACACAUUUAAUCUUUCUGUCUUUGCUCAUCUGCCUGUUCCUGUCAUCACCAGAGACUCUUCACAUUGUUCAUCAUCCUCAUCCUCAUCAUCGUCAUGUUCAUUGGUGUGUUCAGUGGUGAAUGUGAGUCAUGUGACUCUCUCCUGGUACAAAGGAAACAGUUUAUUGUCCAGCAUCAAUGUGUCUGAUCUCAGCAUCAGUCUCUCUCUACCUCUGGAGAUUGAGUGUCUGGAUGAUUCCUACAGCUGUGUGGUGAACAAUCCCAUCAGAAACCAGACUCAACAUCUCAACAUCUGUCAACUCUGUCCACCAUGUGCAGACUGUCGCUGCUGUGGUUUUACUGAAGCUGUGAUCCAAUUGGCUCUCUCUGCUCUGGUGGGUGUGGCCGGUGUUGCUGUGCUGGUUUAUGAAUUCAGAUCCAGUCUUCAACAGAAGAAGAGAGGAAAAACAUCAGCAUCAAACACUGAUUAAUCAAAUGUAGAUUUUCUUGAAUGACUGGGAUCAGUAAU